AUGGCAGUCCUUUGGCUGGGAGCUGUAUGCGGGGUAGGAUGAUGAUAUCUGCUUUUAUACCAGGUAUGUCUGUACCAAGGCUAACCCUUGUUUAUUUCUUUAUUUCUUUGCAUUGAUGAGUGUGUACUACUAUAUAUGAUCAUGAUACAUUAAUACAUACAGUUGAAGACAGAAGUUUACAUACACUUAGGUUGGAGUCAUUCAAACUCAUUUUUCAACCACUCCACAAAUUUCUUGUUAACAAACUAUCGUUUUGGCAAGUCGGUUAGGACAUCUACUUUGUGCAUGACACAAGUACAGACAGAUUAUUUCACUUAUAAUUCACUGUAUCACAAUUCCAGUGGGUCAGAAGUUUACAUACACUAAGUUGACUGCCUUUAAACAGCUUGGAAAAUUCCAGAAAAUGAUGUCAUGGCUUUAGAAGCUUCUGAUAGGCUAAUUGACAUCAUUUGAGUCAAUUGGAGGUGUACCUGUGAAUGUAUUUCAAGGCCUACCUUCGAACUCAGUGCCUCUUUGCUUGAGAAAAUAGGAAAAUCAAAAGAAAUCAGCCAAAACCUCCGAAAAAAAAUUGUAGACCUCCACAAGACUGGUUCAUCCUUGGGAGCAAUUUCCAAACGCCUGAAGGUACCAUGUUCAUCUGUACAGUACGCAAGUAUUAAAACCAUGGGACCACGCAGCCGUCAUACCGCUCAGGAAGGAGACACGUUCUGUCUCCUAGGGAUGAACGUACUUUGGUGCGAAAAGUGCAAAUCAAUCCCAGAACAACAGCAAAGGACCUUGUGAAGAUGCUGGAGGAAACAGGUACAAAAGUAUCUAUAUCCAUAGUAAAACGAGUCCUAUAUCGACAUAACCUGAAAGGCCGCUCAGUAAGGAAGAAGCCACUGCUCCAAAACCGCCAUAAAAAAGCCAGACUAUGGUUUGCAACUGCACAUGGGGACAAAGAUCUUACUCUGAUCUGAUUAAACAAAAAUAGAACGGUUUGGCCAUAAUGACCAUCGUUAUGUUUGGAGGAAAAAGGGGGCUGCUUGCAAGCCGAAGAACACCAUCCCAACCGUGAAGAACGGGGGUGGCAGCAUCAUGCUGUGGGGGUGCUUUGCUGCAGGAGGGACUGGUGCACUUCACAAAAUAGAUGGCAUCACGAGGAAGGAAAAUUGUGGAUAUAUUGAAGCAACAUCUCAAGAGAUCAGUCAGGAAGUUAAAGCUUGGUCGCAAACGGGUCUUCCAAAUGGACAAUGACCCCAAGCAUACUUCCAAAGUUGUGGCAAAAUGGCAUAAGGAUAACAAAGUCAAGGUAUUGGAGUGGCCAUCACAAAGCCCUGACCUCAAUCCUAUAGAAAAUGUGUGGGCAGAACUGAAAAAGCCUGUGCGAGCAAGGAGGCCUACAAACCUGACUCAGUUACACCAGCUCUGUCAGGAGGAAUGGGCCAAAAUUCACUCAACUUAUUGUGGGAAGCUUGUGGAAGGCUACCUGAAAAGUUUGACCCAAGUUAAACAAUUAAAAGGCAAUGCUACCAAAUACUAAUUGAGUGUAUGUAAACAUCUGACCCACUGGGAAUGUGAUGAAAUAAAUAAAAUUAGAAAAUAAAUCAUUCUCUCUACUAUUGACGACGGACUCACUCAAACUGUCAAAACUAACCCAAAACUUUACACAACGUUAGACACGGACACGAAUGAUCUGCUUGGCGUGUUAACACACUGGUGGUUUGUUGUAACCAAGUAUUGGUGCUAAACCGUGUUAUUGGAGGCUGGCAUGCUAGUUGGCUAUGGCGUCAUAGGAUUCGGUGCCCUGGAGGGUUUUCACGGAAGAAUACUGUACCAAGUUAGCUAGCUGAAUAAACUAAGUUAGUCUAUUCCUAGAAAACAUUGAACCGCUGUAGUUUACAACAAUUAUAAUUUCUAAAGUGGAAGUUGGGAGCGUUAUAUUUGAGUGUUUCAGUGAAACGUAAGUGAGGGAGGCCCCGCUCUCUCGCUUUCCCAGAUGUUUAGUUCAUUUCAUUCCGAUCUCCUUUGCAUUAUUGUAGCCAUUUUCUGUAGCACAGGCUAUACAAACACAUCACACCGCGUGGCUGCUGCCACUCUAACCUGGUGGUCCCUGCACGCACGACCCACGUGGAGUUCCAGGUCGCCGGCAGCCUCUGGAACUGCCGUUCUGUGGCCAACAAGGCAGAGUUCAUCUCAGCCUAUGCUACCCUCCAGUCCCUCGACUUCUUGGCGCUGACGGAAACAUGGAUUACCACAGAAAACACUGCUACUCCUACUGCUCUCUCCUCGUCUGACCAUGUGUUCUCGCAUACCCCGAGAGCAUCUGGUCAGCGGGGUGGUGGCACAGGAAUCCUCAUCUCUCCCAAGUGGACAUUCUCUCUUUUCCCCCUGACCCAUCUGUCUAUCUCCUCAUUUGAAUUCCAUGCUGUCACAGUCACUAGUCCAUUCAAGCUUAACAUCCUUGUCAUUUAUCACCCUCCAGGUUCCCUUGGAGAGUUCAUCAAUGAGCUUGACGACUUGAUAAGUUCCUUUCCUGAGGAUGGCUCACCCCUCACAGUUCUGGGUGACUUCAACCUCCCUACGUCUACCUUUGACUCAUUUCUCUCUGCCUCCUUCUUUCCAGUCCUCUCCUCUUUUGACCUCACCCUCUCACCGUCCCCCCCUACUCACAAGGCAGGCAAUACGCUUGACCUCAUCUUUACUAGAUGCUGUUCUUCUACUAAUCUCACUGCAACUCCCCUCCAAGUCUCCGACCACUACUUUGUAUCCUUUUCUCUCUCGCUCUCCUCCAACACUACUCACUCUGCCCCUACUCAGAUGGUAAUGCGCCGUCGCAACCUUCGCUCUCUCUCUCCCACUACUCUCUCCUCUUCCAUCCUAUCAUCUCUUCCCUCUGCUCAUUCCUUCUCUCUACAAUCUCCUGAUUCUGCCUCCUCAACCCUCCUCUCCUCCCUUUCUGCAUCCUUUGACUCUCUAUGUCCCCUAUCCUCCCGGCCGGCUCGGUCCUCCCCUCCUGCUCCGUGGCUUGACGACUCAUUGCGAGCUCACAGAACAGGGCUCCGGGCAGCCGAGCGGAAAUGGAGGAAAACUAGACUCCCUGCGGACCUGGCAUCUUUUCACUCCCUCCUCUCUACAUUUUCUUCCUCUGUUUCUGCUGCUAAAGCCACUUUAUACCACUCUAAAUUCUAACCCUAGAAAGCUCUUUGCCACCUUCUCCUCCCUGCUGAAUCCCCCCCCCCCCCCAUUUUGAAAAGAAGAUUGACGACAUCUGAUCCUCGUUUGUUAAGUCAAAUGACACCGCUGGUCCUGCUCACACUGCCCUACCCUAUGCUUUGACUUCUUUCUCCCCUCUCUCUCCAGAUGAAAUCUUGCGACUUGUGACGGCCGGCCGCCCAACAACCUGCCCGCUUGACCCUAUCCCCUCCUCUCUUCUCCAGACCAUUUCCGGAGACCUUCUACCUUACCUCACCUCGCUCAUCAACUCAUCCUUGACCGCUGGCUAUGUCCCUUCCGUCUUCAAGAGAGCGAGAGUUGCACCCCUUCUCAAAAAACCUACACUUGAUCCCGCCGAUGUCAACAACUACAGACCAAUAUCCCUUCUUUCUUUUCUCUCCAAAACUCUUGAGAGUGCCGUCUUUAGCCAACUCUCUUGCUAUCUCUCUCAGAAUGACCUUCUUGAUCCAAACCAGUCAGGUUUCAAGACUGGUCAUUCAACUGAGACUGCUCUUCUCUGUGUCACGGAGGCUCUCCGCACUGCUGAAGCUAACUCUCUCUCCUCUGCUCUCGUCCUUCUAGACCUAUCUGCUGCCUUUUGAUAUUGUGAACCAUCAGAUCCUCUUCUCCACCCUCUCCGAGUUGGGCAUCUCCGGCGCGGCUCACUCUUGGAUUGCGUCCUACCUGACAGGUCGCUCCUACCAGGUGGUGUGGCGAGAAUCUGUCUCCGCACCACGUGCUCUCACCACCGGUGUCCCCCAGGGCUCAGUUCUAGGCCCUCUCCUAUUCUCGCUAAACACCAAGUCACUUGGCUCUGUCAUAUCCUCACAUGGCCUCUUCCAUCAUUGCUACGCAGACGACACACAAUUAAUCUUCUCCUUUCCCCCUUCUGAUAACCAGGUGGCGAAUCGCAUCUCUGCAUGUUUGGCAGACAUAUCAGUGUGGAUGAUCACCACCUCAAGCUGAACCUCGGCAAGACAGAGCUGCUCUUCCUCCCGGGGAAGGACUGCCCGUUCCAUGAUUUCGCCAUCACGGUUGACAACUCCGUUGUGUCCUCCUCCCAGAGUGCAAAGAGCCUUGGCAUGACCCUGGACAACACCCUGUCGUUCUUCGCUAACAUCAAGGCGGUGACCCGAUCCUGUAGGUUCAUGCUCUACAACAUUCUGAGAGUACGACCCUGCCUUACACAGGAAGCGGCACAGGUCCUAAUCCAGGCACUUGUCAACUCCCGUCUGGAUUACUGCAACUUGCUGUUGGCUGGGCUCCCUGCCUGUGCCAUUAAACCCCUACAACUCAUCCAGAAUGCCGCAGCCCGUCUGGUGUUCAACCUUCCCAAGUUCUCUCACGUCACCCCGCUCCUCCGCACACUCCACUGGCUUCCAGUUGAAGCUUGCAUCUGCUACAAGACCAUGGUGCUUGCCUACGGAGCUGUGAGGGGAACGGCACCUCGGUACCUUCAGGCUCUGAUUAGUCCCUACACCCAAACGAGGGCAUUGCGUUCAUCCAGCUCUGGCCUGCUGGCCCCCCUACCUCUGCGGAAGCACAGUUCCCGCUCAGCCCAGUCAAAACUGUUCGCUGCUCUGGCACCCCAAUGGUGGAACAAGCUCCCUCACGACGCCAGGACAGCGGAGUCACUCACCACCUUCCGGAGACACUUGAAACCCCACCUCUUUAUGGAAUACCUGGGAUAGGAUAAAGUAAUCCUUCUACCCCCCCUUACCCCACCCCCCCAAAAAAAUAAUAUAUAUAUAUAUAGUAAAGUGGUUGUCCCACUGGCUAUCAUAAGGUGAAUGCACCAAUUUGUAAGUCACUCUGGAUAAGAGCGUCUGCUAAAUGAUGUAAAUGUAUUAUUCUGACAUUUCACAUUCUUAAAAUAAAGUGGUGAUCCUAACUGACCUAAAACAGGGCAUUAUUACUAGGAUUAAAUGUCAGGAAUUGUGAAAAACUGAGUUUAAAUGUAUUUGGCUAAGGUGUAUGUAAACUUCCGACUUCAUCUGUACAUACUGUGUUCAGUUUGGCAUGUUUAACAGACAAAUAUCCAUGAUGGGGCGCAUGCUAAUCGCUUACAAAGUCAAUGGUACAAACAGGUUAAUUCACUAGCUUUUUAGAUAGUUUUUUUGUAUGUUUAGCUAGCUGGAUGAAUACCAUUUUACACUUCCUAUCUUAGAAUUGUGAAGUAAAUAGUUUCCUUAUGGCUGCAUUGACUUGACAGGCACUAGGUUGAGUGGAUGCCCAGGGCAGAGGCAACACCUCUUUGUUGCUUGUUUGUUAGCUGAUACAUUUCAGUACAUAUGUUGCAGUCAACAGGCAAAAAAAAAAGCUAUAGGAGAUGAGUAAAUAAAUGGGGAAAUUGAGUUUUAAGUUGAUGUAUUCUUCAUAUUAAAUCUAUUAUUCAUGUCCAUGUUGCUCAUUGCUCAUUGCUCAUCAUUGCUCCAGUGUCUAAUAUCUCACUCUGUUGCCAGUCUAUCAACAGUUUUAGUCUUCUGUCCAUUUUAUCUGCUGUCUUGGGUGUAGGGAAGUCUGGUAUUAUAAAUGUUAUGACUGGGUGUAUGGGUUUGUUUGUAUGUCUAUGUAUGAGCAUGUGGAAAUGAUUUUCCUCCUUGCAGGACAAUGCAAUCUAAUCUAAUACAUUACUGACAAUAACAGUGAGUCUCCUGAACUCCUUUAGAUUCACCAGUUACCUCCACUUGAUGGCCUUUUGGAAUCUGAUACAACCUGCAGCAAAGAGAAUUAUGCGUGCACUGUCAUGGAGAGACAGCAUCGAGUACAGCAACCAAAACUCCUGACCUGCUCACCGAGGUUCCACCCUCAAGGUCACCUCGUCGAACUGUAAUAUAUUUGAUGGCUCCAAUUCUUAUAUUCGUCUGAUGGUAUCAUUUGUAAAUACAUUGUAUUACUAUCCUGUACCGGUAAAUUACAUUUAUGAUCAGUCUAAGUUGCAGUUAAUGAUGAGGAUGCUGAUUAAAGAAGGACACUAUUAACGGCCAAUUGUGAUGCACUGAAUGCAUAAUAAGUAACUUAUCUGUUACAGAGCCGGUGCCUUCAAAUGAUGGAAGAGUUCUUUCUCUUCUUGAUGUACCUGGCACUUGGUCUGAAGGAGAAGGACAUAUGGCAUUGUUUCAAUUUUUGUCAGUCAACAGUCAGCUGCAUCAUCAACACCUGGAUACAUUUUCUGUACACCUGGUUGGGCUCCAUUGGAAUUUGGAUGUCUCCUGAGGCAGUGAGAGCCAGCAUGCCAAGUGUUUUGGCAAGUACUCAGACACCCAAGUAAUCAUUGACUGUACAGAAAUUAAAUGCCAGACACCAUCCUCAUUACUGCUUCAGACUGAGAUGUUUUCUCAGUACAAAUCCCACACUACCAUGAAAGGAAUGCUAGGUAUGUCAUCCAAUGCAGUGGCGGUUGGUGCCAUUUAAGAUUAGGGAGGACGACAUUUUUUUCUAUUACAGCACAUUGGAUGACUGUCAUUUAUAUUCCAUUCACCCAGCUCAAUGUAACAUUGAUAGAUUUAUGCUACUACAUGAUACUCUAAUUUUCCUUAUACCCAUCAUGAGGUUGCUAAAACCUAGCCUAUGAAUUAAAAGUUUACAACGUACAGUGCCUUCAGAAAGUCUUCAUUACCCCUUGACUUAUUCCACAUUUAGUUGUAUUACAGCCUGAAUUCAAAACGUUUCACCCAUCUACACACAAUACCCCAUUAUGACAUGUUUUUAGAUUUUUUUUGCAAAUGUAUUGAAAAUGAAAUACAGAAAUAUCUAAUUUACAUACGUAUUCACACACCUGAGUCAAUACAUGUUAGAAUCACCUUUGGCAUUGAUUACAGCUGUGAGUCUUUCUGGGUAAGUCUCUAAGAGCUUUGCACACCUGGAUUGUACAAUAUUUGCUAAUUAUUCUUUUUUUUAAAUCUUCAAGCUCAAGUUGGUUGUUGAUCAUUGCUAGACUGGUCAAACUGUAAUUAGGCCACUCAGGAACAUUCAAUUCCGUCUUGGUAAGCAACUCCAGUGUAGAUUUGGCCUUGUGCUUUAGGUUAUUAUCCUGCUGAAAGGUGAAUUUGUCUCCCAGUGUAUGUUGGAAAGCAGACUGAACCAAGUUUUUCUCUAGGAUUUUGCCUGUGUUUAGCUCUAUUCCGUUGCUUUUUAUAUUUAAACUCCCUAGUCCUUGCCGAUGACAAGCAUACCCAUAACAUGAUACAGCCACCACCAUGCUUGAAAAUAUGAAGAGUGGAACUCAUUUUCUUCAUGCAGAAAAUCUUCACGGAACCCGGAAGCCUCUUCAUGGCAACCAUCACCAAGCUCCGGGAGAUGUGUCGAGCACGCAUCAUCGCUGAGGAGUCCUGACCCCAUCCUCCUGACCUGUCAAUCAAACACACUACACAUUCUGGGCUGGGUCCCAACACUCCUUAAUGGUCUCCUCUCCUUGGCUCCUAUCCCUCACUGUUGGGACAGUCCCUAGACUGUUUUGCACUGUUUAGCCUGACUACUAUCUAGCUAUGUAGACUACCAUGUAGCUAUGUAGACUACCAUGUAGCUAAGUAGACUACCAUGUAUGGAGACCACCAGAGGUGAAAGUAAGGCGGUACGUCCGGUAUGGAGUACCGGCAAAAUAAUUAGUAGCUAUCCUGUGGAGGUACACCGUACUGGUUAAACAUGAGCCUAUUACAAUGAUGAACAACAAAGACGGCAAGGAAACUUUUGGCUAUUACACUAUCAAUACCACAUGAAAGUCAAAUGAAGAAAAAAUAUAUUUGCGAAUGGACAUGGAAAAACGUAUGGAAUACACUCCAAAAUGCAAUAAGUGACAUUUUGGAAAAAGGCAGAGAUGAGUGGCCGAGACCGAGGCGGUCGGACAGCAGUGGACAUAUCAAUUCAGGUUACCAGUCUGCUGUAGCCCUAAUGAAUGACCAUCACUGGAUAUAAUUCAUUACACCUUUUGCUGUCUUUCCAUUCAUCAAAUGGCGGGUGCGCUGUAGAGAUGCAGGAAUUCAAAAUGGUUUUUAGUCCAGCAUUGGUCAUAAUCUGUGUUGGGGAAACCACCCCUAGAUGUAUUUAGUUAAUGUAGACCUGGAUGUAUACAUGUAGCUAGAUAGAUGGCAUGUGUGUCUUAAAUCUCACCCUGCUAACUGACCAUUCCAUUGUGUCCCCCAAAUGUAUAGUCCCGUGUAGCUCAGUUGGUAGAGCAUGACGCUUGCAACGCCAGGGUUGUGGGUUCGAUUCCCACGGGGGGCCAGUAUGACAAUUUUUUAUGUAUGCACUCACUAACUGUAUGUACUCUGGAUAAGAGCGUCUGCUAAAUGACUAAAAUGUAAAUGUGUUGUGUUGGGUUUGCCCCAAACAUAAAGAUUUGUAUUCAGGACAUAAAGUUAAUUUCUUUGCCACAUUGUUGAGACUUCUAGCUCACUCAGGAUUUUUUUAUAUAUAUAUAUAUAUAGAUAAAAGAGAAGCAAAUGGGUCUGAUGUGUUCAAUUAAAUGGGGAACGAGUGAUUUCUUUAAGUUUCUUAGAUGCUCAGAUAUGUUACGUUAUGUGCGCAUGCGCAGCUUCUGGACAAGGUUCGCUGAGGCGGAAAUUACCACCCUCACUGAAGAAGCUGGAUCAGCCAUGGACCAGGCUGAGGCAACCGAUCACCACCAUAUGACCAGGAGGGAAUGUGAAUUGAUUCAUAGGAACCUGGAACGGGAGGUCUACAACUUCGAACGAGGAUUGGAUGAGUGGAAAUAUUUGAUCCCUCGGUCCAAGGCAACAGAGUCAAAGGACCAGAUCCGGAAGUUGAAGAAAAGGCGUGAAAAACUGUGGGAUGAGUGGGCAUGGAAAGGCGGUUCUCAAUCCGACGACAAAGAGAAACUGGGAAAAGUGAAAAUUGUGGAGCAGGAGGAGCCAGUUGGGACUUACAACUACAGGCCCCAGAUCAGCCUAGAAUGUGCAUGCUUGCCCAUGUUUGCUGGUAAUAUGAGGGAUUACUACCGCUGGAAUGCUGAAUGGGAGGACUUGCAACGUCUGGGAAACCCUCAUGGAUUGGAAAAUGUGAGGAAAUUCCAUCUCUUGGGAAGCCUAGAUAAAAAAAAGUCAAGAGGGACCUCGUAUUGUCCAGCUGUGGAUCCGCCAACGACGUGUUCAGGCUCCUGGACAACAAGUACGGAAAUAAGCCGAAAAUAGUGCUGCUGAUUGCACAAGAAGUGCAAGGAAACCAUCCGAGGAAGACAAUCGAACUGAUUCAAGCUGUGGAGAGAGCUCUUUGUGACCUACAAGUCUUAGGGGAGGAAGAUGCUGUAAAGAACCGAGUGGUUGUGCAGUCGAUUGAAAGUAAGCUUCCUGACUCCCUGAAAGAAAAGUGGUUAACAUACAAAAAUGACUAACACACAAAAAUGACCCUGGAAGCGGGUUUUCACCACGCAACCACUUCGACUGUCUACUGCAAUACUUGAAAAAGCAGGAGGACAUUCUCGAGGAGCUAGACCAGCUACAGCCUAGCCCGGCGGACAAUACUGAGAGGUCAAGCGAAAAGAAAAAAGAAAGGAGGGCAUUCACCAGAGCCACAUCAGGAAACACCCUAAAGGGCUCUCAACCAAGCUCAUGCAUCACAUGUGGAGACAACGAGCACGGAGGUAGGCUGUUCGCCUGCAAGGUCUUCAAGAAGCUCAAUCUGACAGGCAAGAAGGCUCAGCUUAGGAGAGCAGGAGCAUGCUUUAAGUGCUUGCGCCUUCAUGGUGACGAUGGCGGCUGCACACAAAAAUAUCUAUGCUCAAAGGAUGACUGUCAGAAAGAGGGCUCUUCAGUCCACAAUUACUUGCUCUGUCCAAAGCCACAGAUCAAGAAGAAAGAGGAAAAGAGCGGAGAGCAGAGCGAUGCAAAAUUGGGGAAAAGGGGACUUGGACUAACCAACAAACAGGAGGAGCUCCUUGCCAAACUUUCUCCAGAGCUGCGAGCAGAGUUCAAAGAAGCCUUUUCAAAUAAGAUCACGACAAAAGUGUGUGCUAGCACUGGUUGUGAGCCAAAAGAGUACCCUGUCAUAAUGAUGCUGUUGGAUGUGACGACAAACUCUGGCCAGCUAGUCGGUAUGUUGAUUGAUCUCGCUUCAGAUACUAAUUAUAUCUCUAAUAAAGCAGCAGAGCGUCUCAAGCUAAAUGGUGAGAACAUUAAGUUGAUUGUCCAAGGUGUUGGAGGGAUGGAGAAAACCAUUACUACCAAGAAGUAUACCCUGAGGCUGAGAGUAAAAACUCCCAAAGGUACAAUAGCAGAGCACAAACUCCUUUGUUACGGCUUGGAAGAUGUUGCGAAGGUGAACCAAGCUGUCACGCCACAGCAACUGCAGAAGUUCUUUCCAAAUGUUCCACUCAAGGACUUGGUCCGGCCCGAAAAGAUCGACCUGUUGAUUAGCCACAGGGAGGGUCGCCUGGUCCCACAGCCAGUCAGAGUAGUUGGAGACCUCGUCCUCUGGGAUGGCCCCCUUGGGAAGACUGUUGGUGGAACGCAUCCUGACCUCUUUGAAGUGAUAGACCUAGCAGUGCACAGGUCUGAAACACAUUUCGCUAGGUCAAUGAGAACAGCUUCAAGGGCGUACAAAGAGAUUCUCGUGAAGCCGGAAGGACCCAGUGGAGUUUCGGUGGAAGAAGAAGACGCAAUCCUCCGAAACACUGCAACUACCAACAAAUAUGUUUUUGAAUGGUUCAAGUGGGACAGUAUUGGCGCCACCUGUGAUCCUUAGUGUGGUGGCUGCAGAUGCGGUAGGUGCCCCCCUGGAGGCAAGGAAAUGACCCUAGGAGAGGAAAGAGACUUGGAGAAAAUAAAGGAAUGUCUCACCUACGUGCAAGCUGACAAGCACAGCGAAUCCCCUCACUGGGACGCAGCUUACCCAUGGAAAGGAGACCCUGCAACGCUGCCUGACAAUCGACGUGCAGUGGAAGCAACCUUUUUAAACACUGAGAAACGACUGGAGAGGGAGCCGGAAUGGAAGGCUGCGUACAGAGAGCAAAUCCACGAUAUGGUCUCAAGAGGGGCUGCCGUUAAAGUCACCCAAGAGGAAAUCGAGAGCUGGAAGGGACCUAAGUGGUAUAUCAGUCAUUUAGUUGCUCCUAAUCAUCACUCAACCACUACCCCUGUAAGAAUUGUCUGGAACAGUAGCCAAGAAUUAAUGGGAAUAAGUUUAAAUGACCUACUGUACAAGGGUCCUGACGUCCUAAAUCAGAUAAGGGGCGUGCUUCUGAGAUUCAGGACUGGGUUGUACGCCGCCCUGGGCGAUGUGAAAUUUUUUUACAACUCCGUCUGGCUAGAAGACAAAGAAGUACACCUCCAUCGAUUCAUCUGGAGAGACAAUCCUGAGGAGGUGAUCGACGUCUUUGCUGUCGUCAGGGUCAACAUUGGCGAUAAACCUGCUGGUUGUAUCGCCCAGGUGGUAAUAAGAGAAACAGCCAACCUGCCCCAGUUUGCAGCCAUGGUUGAGGAGCGCAAAGUUGUGGUAGAAGAUAGUUAUGUGGAUGACAUCUUGACGUCCCACAAUGACUUGCGGAUACUGGAGAAAAUCACCAAAGGAGUGGAAAAGAUCUUAAAGGCUAGAGGCUUCUCCCUUAAGCCAUGGGUCUUAUCAGGCCAAAGUGGGAGGUCCGCAACCACAACUGAUGCCAGUAUCAGUAAGACAACUGUGAGUGUGCCCAAAAUGCUGGUGUUACCCAACCAGAUGCGGGACGAAGAAAGCAAAACACUUGGAGUCGGCUAUGAACCAGAGACUGACACUUCAUGUGAUAACCUCCAUACAUUUCUCAAAGAAGAGAGGAAAGAUGAGGACAGGAGUCGAUUUGCGCGAAGAGGAAGUCAGAGGUAAAACUCCAAACCCAUUGACCCGUCGGAUGCUGCUAAGCCAGAUCGCUGGAUUCUACGACCCCGUUGGUCUUGCCACACCCGCAAAGCAGAAAGGGGUGAUGCUUGUGAGAGAAGCUUACCAAGAAGCGAGUAUAAGCAGUCCAGUUAAGGACACUUGGGAUGACCCACUCUCACCAAAACUACGGGAGGCUUCCAUAAGACUCCUCAAAGAAUAUGUGAGACUUGCCCAGAUCAGGUUCGAAAGAAGCCUCACACCAACUGGAGCCAUAGGCCAUCCAAUGGGAGUCACGUUUUCAGAUGGGAGUGAGGCUUCCUACGGCGUGGUGCUCUAUCUCCGUUGGGAGACGCAGAAUGGGGUCGUAGUGAGGCUGGUUGAGUCAAAGCAAAGCUUACCCAUCUCAACCAGAAAGGAGACGUGAUUAAGGCAGAGGUAUGUGGUGCUGUCUUUUCGAUCCGCCUGAGAAAAUACCACUGCCGCAUCAAGGUCGCACGCUGGGUCCACUUUGUGGAUAGUCAAACAAUCCUGGGAGCAAUUCACAAGGAUAGCUAUGGCUACCAAACUUUCUUCGCUAACCGCAUCGGAGAGAUCCAGAAGGCUGGACCAGUGGAAGACUGGAGGUGGAUUGAGGGCAACCUGAACAUAGCAGACAUCAUCACAAGGGGAGCAACUCCUGAGGAACUCGAUGAAGGGUCAGAGUGGCAACAAGGCCCAGAGUUCCUGAGUUGGCCUGAGGCUGAGUGGCCUGUGAAGACAGCCAGUGAGAUAGUGACCAGCGUGGCUGAUGACGUUAAAAGGUUGCAGAGAAGAGCGUUCUCAGCUGUAGUCACCAGGUCUCAGGCAGAAAAAUUCUCAGGCCCCAACAAUACUGAUGUUGGGGCAGACUUGCAAGACUCCGCACCGCGACCACAGAUGAAAUACCAAGGUCCAACUCCAGCAGUAGAGAGGCCAAAGAGGAAGCCCUGGGGUGUAGCUCUAGUGCGCCUUGUUGGGCCCGAACGAUUCAGUAGCUUGUCUAAAUUGUGUGGAACAAUCGCCUGGGUUCGAAGAGCUGCAGAAUCCUGGCUGAGAACAAGCUGUGGGAGGUGAGGGGCCCCAGGCUGUCUGUGGGAGAGAGAACGGCAGCUUUCCAAGACCUAGCCCUUGCGGCCCAAGACGGCGUGAACUUUCAGCAUACGACCUUAAACUGCCCUGUUGUGAUUAAAGAUGACAACAAUGGACUCUUACUUUGUGGUGGUAGAGUCCAGUCUUGGAAUGAAGACGGAACCGCUGUACCUUUUUUUAAUCCCGUUCCGUUCGUGGCUGGGGGCCUUGCUUGCGAGGGAAGCUCACGAAGCGAAUCAUGAAGGGGUGGCUGCCACACUGCUGCACACUAAAAGAAAGGGUUGUGCAAGGUCGGAGGACAGUGAAGAAGGUGAUCAACAGGUGCAUCACUUGCAAGAAGCAAAGAGCCCGGCUGUGCCAGCAAGUGAUGAGCGCUCUUCCUCAGGAACGUACCAGUAGAGCGAACCCAUUAGAGUAUACUACACUAGACCUCUUUGGACCCUUUGAAGUGAGGGACGCUGUUAAGAAAAGAACCAAGAAAAAGGUCUGGGGAGUCGUGUAUUGCUGCAUGACUUCCAGAGCCGUCCAUGCUGAUCUCGUCGACGACCAGUCUUCUGAGAGCUUUCUUCAGGCCUACUCCCGGUUCACUGCUCUGAGGGGGCAUCCCAAAAAGCUAUGGUCAGACAGAGGCACAAACUUCUUGGGCGCCAGCCCUGCUCUGAGAGAGCUACACAAGCACCUGGCCUGUUUGCAGAAGGCAUCCGUUGAAGACAAGGCUGCCAGAAAUAGCACAGAGUGGCAAUGGGACUUUCAUCCUGCUGACUCGCCACACAGGAAUGGAGCAGCAGAGGCAGCUGUCAAGCUCCUUUAAAAGAGCUCUUAUCAGUCUUGGCGGAACAACUGGCUGCUACACCUGGGGGGAGUUCCAGACCCUUCUCUACUCUGCAGCCAACUUGACUAAUGAGCGACCCAUCGACGCCAGGGCACAGGAACAAGAGGACUCAGUGGAGUACUUGACCCCCAACUCCCUUAUCCUGGGGCGCACCGGACAGGGAGGAGACAUACACGGAAUCGACAUGGAAACCCGCUCUUGGCGCAGACUGAGGGCUGUCCAGGCUGGAGUCGACAGGUUCUGGAAGAAAUGGAGUGAACUGGCAGGACCAAACUUGUUCAUACGACACAAGUGGCACAGAGCAGAGAGAAGUAUCAAGGUUGGAGACGUAGUCUGUAUUGCGGACCAGAAUGCUCUAAGGGGGCAGUUCCGGCUCGGCCGGGUUGCUACAACCUAUCCAGAUGAGAAGGGGGUUGUCCGGGAUGCGGACAUAACAACCUGCAUGGGUCUUCCUGCUCCCAUGGUUCCCAGGGCCCGGAGAAAGGACUCUACCAUUCACACGACAAUCGUCAUUCGCAGGGAUGUGCGGAGGUUGGUGAUCUUGAUUCCUGCUGAAGACCAAGAGGAGGUAAGUUAAGUCCUCACCAUGGGUACCCAAAGACUGUGACUCUGUGUUCUUUGCUUAGCUAGCGGGUAACCCUGGGAGGCAACUGAGUGCUUCAAGGGCAAACCUACACUCAGUAGGAGGAAAGGUGGUGGAGCCUACCUCCUUAGUUAAUACAUGUUUGUUUAUAAAUGGCUACAAAGACUGGACUUUAGUUUGAAAUUCUCACUGAGAGACUCGAGACGGUGCCCUCCUUGGAUCUUCGAUAAGUCGGCCAAGUGGGAGGUGUUGAGACUUCUAGCUCACUCAGGAAAAAAAUUAAUAACAAUAUAUAUAUAUAUAUAUAUAUAUAUAUAUAUAUAUAAAAGAGAAGCAAAUGGGUCUCAUCAGGAGCACACAGCCCGUUGGUAUGUAACUGCGAACUACUCACAGUCUAGCAUUAAUGUUUAAGUCACUUAUAUGUUUGAGCACUGAACGUUUACCUCACUGUGUCGGUGUUAGUUGGCCGAGAGUAACUUGUAGCUCGCUGGGUGCGGUAGCUCAGCGACCCAGAUGCUGUAUAGCAUUAGGCUAUCAUUAUCAGCCAUUUGCGUUGUGCUGAUUGUUCGGAGCACUCUGCUGGUUUCUGGUGGCGGUGGUGAUAGCGGUGGUUUGGUUCGGUGAUCCAUGGUGGAGUGCCGCGUUAUGUUGCGUUUGUGCGUGUGUAAAUCCUUUGGACGAGGCAUGUGGUGGCAUGGGUUCUGUGACAGCGUCCAUAGCUACCAGUGAAGGCAGAGUCACUGUGCGCAUGCUUCUCUGGCGCUAGGCAUUCUGGGUGAUGUAGUCAAUGUUGUUUUAAGCCAGAUUUGCCACAUUUUUGAUGGUGUUGCAGGCUUAUUUGAUUUUCAUUAUUUACAUUAUUAUUAUAUUAUAGUAUUUGAAUAAUAUAUUUACAUUAUAUAUUUGAAUAAUAUAUUGUCAUUAUUUGUUUGUUGUAUUUCAGGUUUAUGACCUGUGGUCAUUUAAUUUAAAAUAAAAUUAAGGACAAAACACGAGUCAUGACAUUGUGUGCUUCCUGGUGAGCCUUUUCGGAGGGCUAAAUAACGAAAAAUCCAAACACACAUUUUAUUGCAGUUUUACUUUACAUUUUACAUUUUAGUCAUUUAGCAGACGCCCUUAUCCAGAGCAACUUACAGUUAGUGAGUGCAUACAUUUUCACUUUAGUGCCUUAUUGCAAACAGGAUGCAUGUUUUGGAAUAUUUUUUAUUGUGUACAGGCUUCCUUCUUUUCACUCUGUCAUUUAGGUUAGUAUUGUGGAGUAACUACAAUGUUGUUGAUCCAUCCUCAGUUUUCUCCUAUCACAGCCAUUAAACUCUGUAACUGUUUUAAAGUCACCAUUGGCCUCAUGGUGAAAUCCCUGAGCGGUUUCCUUCCUCUCCUGCAACUGAGUUAGGAAGGACGCCUGUAUCUUUGUAGUGACUGGGUGUUUUGAUACACCAUCCAAAGUGUAAUUAACUUCAUCAUGCUCAAAGGGAUAUUCAAUGUCUGCUUUAUUUUAUUUUUUACCCAUCUACCAAUAGGUGCCCUUCUUUGCGAGGCAUUGGAAACCCUCCCUGGUCUUUGUGGUAGAAUCUGUGUUUGAAAUUCACUGCUCGACUGAGGGACCUUAUGUGUGGGGUACGGAGAUGAGGUAGUCAUUAAAAAAAUAAUGUUAAACACUAUUAUUGCACACAUAGGGAGUCCAUGCAACUUAUUAUGUGAUUUAUUAAGCAAAUUUUUACUCCUGAACUUAUUUAGUUUUAUCUAAAAAGGAUAACUUGAAAUUCACUGAGGAGGAUGGUCCUCCUCUUCCUCCUCUGAGAAGCCUCCACUGACCGAAUGGGGCUGUUACUUUUUGUUUCUUCCAUGUAUUCCGGUUCCGUUAGUGACAAAUAAUUAUUCAAGACAUCUGGCAUUAUAGAUCUCCUGGACAAAGACAUGGCAGUCAUGGUGGAUAAGAGAUUAUUGAUGACUUAGUGACAUGCAAAGUUUACAGGCCACCAUUUCUGAGUAAAAAGUCACAAAUUCCCAGUGAUGAAGUGAGGGUCACUCAGGAGAUAGCACGAUUGAGGAUCCACGUAGAGAGGAUCAACAGACGAAUCAAAGAGCAUAAACUGUUUGACACUCUUAUCCCACUGUCAGUCGCUGGCAGUAUUAAUCAGCUUUUCACUGUAGCCAGCCUUCUAGCCAACUACCAAAACAAACCACUG